AUGAUAACAAAAAUGCAACCUCAAGCGAAUGUUGCCGUGCCUCAAUCUGUCACGACGCAGCCUCAACAAAUUGUCAGCGUUCCUGCAAAUGCUGUGAUCUUGAAAAUGUCGGAAAUUCAACAGAUAUCUACAGUAGGACUCCUGGAGCUUGCACACCGGGAAUAUCAAGCUGGUGACUAUGAUAGUGCGGAACUGCAUUGUAUGCAGCUGUGGCGUCAAGAUGGCACAAAUACGGGUGUACUUUUGCUGCUGUCCUCCAUACAUUUUCAAUGUCGGCGUUUAGACAAAUCAGCACAUUUUUCAACGCUUGCUAUAAAACAGAAUCCUCUCCUGGCGGAGGCGUACAGUAAUCUCGGAAAUGUAUACAAAGAGCGUGGGCAGUUGCAAGAGGCUUUGGAGAACUAUCGUCAUGCUGUCCGUCUAAAGCCAGAUUUCAUUGAUGGCUACAUCAACUUGGCAGCUGCCUUGGUGGCUGCAGGAGACAUGGAACAGGCUGUACAGGCUUAUGUUACGGCAUUGCAGUAUAAUCCUGAACUUUACUGCGUUAGAAGUGACCUGGGCAAUUUGCUCAAGGCCCUUGGACGUUUGGACGAAGCGAAGGCUUGUUACUUGAAGGCCAUCGAAACGAGGCCAGACUUUGCAGUGGCAUGGAGUAACUUAGGAUGCGUUUUUAACGCACAAAGUGAAAUCUGGUUGGCCAUACAUCAUUUUGAAAAGGCCGUGGCAUUGGAUCCGAAUUUCUUGGAUGCUUAUAUCAAUCUAGGGAAUGUUCUCAAAGAAGCGAGAAUUUUUGACAGGGCGGUGGCUGCAUAUUUACGAGCUCUUAAUUUAUCGCCGAACAAUGCAGUUGUUCAUGGUAAUUUAGCGUGCGUGUAUUAUGAACAAGGACUUAUUGAUUUAGCGAUCGACACUUAUCGGCGCGCUAUAGAACUUCAACCGAAUUUCCCAGACGCGUACUGUAAUUUGGCUAAUGCAUUAAAGGAAAAGGGUCAAGUGGUUGAUGCGGAGGAAUGUUAUAAUACUGCUUUGAGGUUGUGCCCAUCACACGCUGAUUCAUUGAAUAACUUAGCGAACAUCAAACGCGAGCAAGGAUACAUAGAGGAAGCAACUCGUUUAUAUUUAAAAGCUUUGGAAGUAUUUCCCGAGUUUGCGGCAGCUCAUAGUAAUUUGGCGUCAGUUUUGCAACAGCAAGGAAAACUAAAUGAAGCACUCAUGCAUUAUAAAGAGGCUAUACGUAUACAGCCAACGUUUGCUGAUGCUUACAGUAACAUGGGUAAUACUCUUAAAGAAAUGCAAGACGUCGCUGGAGCAUUGCAAUGUUACACUCGAGCUAUACAAAUUAAUCCAGCGUUUGCCGAUGCUCAUAGCAAUCUUGCCAGUAUUCACAAAGAUUCGGGAAAUAUACCCGAAGCUAUACAAUCGUACAGAACAGCGUUGAAGUUGAAACCUGACUUCCCUGAUGCGUAUUGUAACUUAGCGCACUGUUUGCAAAUCGUUUGCGAUUGGACCGACUACGAGGCCCGUAUGAAGAAAUUAGUCAGUAUUGUCGCAGAACAACUUGAAAAGAAUAGAUUACCCUCAGUUCAUCCGCAUCAUUCUAUGCUUUACCCAUUGACGCAUGAAUUUAGAAAGGCUAUUGCGGCCCGACAUGCGAAUUUAUGUCUGGAGAAGGUUCAAGUUCUCCACAAGCCGGCUUACAAAUUUCCAAGAGAGCUGCAAAGCCGCCUGCGUAUCGGUUAUGUAAGCAGUGAUUUUGGCAAUCACCCAACAUCACAUUUGAUGCAAUCUGUGCCCGGAUUACACGAUCGUACUAAGGUCGAGAUCUUUUGUUACGCUCUUAGUCCAGAUGAUGGUACAACAUUCCGCUCUAAAAUAGCUAGAGAAGCGGAGCACUUUAUUGAUCUAUCACAGAUUCCAUGCAACGGUAAAGCCGCUGAUAAAAUAUAUUCUGACGGUAUUAAUAUUCUUGUAAACAUGAACGGAUAUACAAAGGGUGCCAGGAAUGAAAUAUUUGCUCUACGUCCGGCUCCCGUGCAAGUAAUGUGGCUUGGAUAUCCAGGUACAAGUGGUGCAAGUUACAUGGACUACUUAGUAACUGACGCUGUGACAUCUCCAGUGGAAUUGGCAAGUCAGUACAGUGAGAAACUUGCAUACAUGCCUCAUACAUAUUUCGUUGGUGACCACAAACAGAUGUUCCCCCACCUACAGGAGAGAUUGAUAGUCAGUGACAAAAUUAAAUCCCACAAUAAUAUGGGCAGCCUAGCUGAUAAUGUCGCUGUCAUUAAUGCAACUGAUUUGUCACCACUUGUCGAAAACACUGAUAUCAAAGAAAUUAAAGAAGUUGUAAGAGCAGCAAGGCCGGUUGAAAUAUCAUUGAAGGUCGCAGAGCUACCUACUACUACGCCUAUAGAAAACAUGAUUGCUUCGGGACAAGUACAGACAUCUGUAAAUGGAGUCAUCCUUCAAAACGGUUUGGCUACAACACAAACUAACAACAAAGCGGCUACAGGAGAGGAAGUGCCACAGUCUAUUGUAAUCACAACGAGACAACAGUACGGUCUACCGGAUGACGCAGUGGUCUACUGUAAUUUCAAUCAACUGUAUAAGAUAGAUCCGCUAACUCUACACAUGUGGGUAUACAUAUUGAAACACGUCCCUAACAGCGUGUUGUGGCUUUUGAGAUUCCCGGCUGUCGGUGAACCUAAUUUACAAGCAACGGCACAGCAGUUGGGAUUACCACCUGGCCGUAUAAUCUUCUCAAACGUGGCUGCCAAAGAGGAGCACGUGAGGCGAGGUCAGCUAGCGGACGUAUGUCUAGACACACCCUUAUGUAACGGUCACACUACUAGUAUGGAUAUUUUGUGGACUGGCACCCCUGUUGUUACAUUACCAGGAGAGACAUUAGCCUCGCGGGUGGCUGCAUCACAACUCAAUACACUUGGUUGUCCUGAACUGAUUGCGAGAACGAGACAGGAAUAUCAAGACAUAGCUGUACGAUUAGGAACGGACAGGGAAUAUCUUAAAGCAAUCCGAGUGAAAGUAUGGACGGCACGCACUGAGAGUCCACUAUUCGACUGCAAAGCAUACGCCACCGGUCUGGAGAUGUUGUACAACAAAAUGUGGUCGAGGUACGCUCGCAACGAGCGACCCGACCACAUACAGGCCAUAGACAAAUAG